GCCAGUUUGGUUGCACCAACACCGGUACUUAGGCACGUACCGGCGUGUCCUUGGGCUUAGAAAGCGGGGCGUUCGGCUUGUGAGCGGGAACUUCUCGGUCGCGCACAGAGAAAGAACGGUGAGCGCGGGGCGCGGAGACCGCAGCAGAUUUAAAAAUGGGUGAUGUUGAGAAGGGCAAGAAGAUUUUUGUUCAGAAGUGUGCCCAGUGCCAUACUGUGGAAAAGGGAGGCAAGCACAAGACUGGGCCAAACCUCCAUGGUCUGUUUGGACGAAAGACGGGUCAGGCUGCUGGAUUCUCUUACACAGAUGCCAACAAGAACAAAGGUAUCACCUGGGGAGAGGAGACGCUGAUGGAGUACUUGGAGAAUCCCAAGAAGUACAUCCCUGGAACAAAGAUGAUCUUUGCUGGCAUUAAGAAGAAGGGAGAGAGGGAGGACUUGAUAGCUUAUCUCAAAAAAGCUACCAAUGAGUAAUAGUUGGCCACUGCCUUAUUUAUUAUGAAACAGAAGUGUCUCAUGACUUUUUAUGUGUACCAUAUUUAAAUUGAUCUCAUACACUAGAAUUCAGAUCAUGAAUGGCUGAUGGAAUAAUUCUGUUGGACAGUCCUGAUUUAAAUAAGAUUGGUUUGUGGCUAAACGAAUAUGGUCAGCUUUUUUAAUUUUGAUAGUAAUUCCGGUUCAACAAGUACUAUCACUUUUCCCAUUCUAAAGAGAUGAUUGAACUUGAAUAAGGAAUAUUAAACUUUUUAGGGAGAUGGUGCAUUCCUUCUCAAACCCUAUAAGAGAUUGGUUUUAUAUUUAGAUUUCUAUAACUGGUUAUAUUAAUAUAUUUAAAUACUGAAAAAGGUCCCUUCACUGUCUCAUAGAACAGAGGAGGAUUCACAUAUGUUUGAAGUUGUGUUCAUUAGCCUGUUAAGGCAAGAAUUGAAAAUACAAUGACAAAUUCCACUUUAUCUUUUUGGUUUUAUAAACUAUGCCAAUUUAAUUAAAAUUCUCUAUCUAAAAUUUAGCCUUUUACUUAAUGAAAGGCAUUUUAGUGUGGUUUAUGUAUAGCAUCAAAUAAAGAGUAUUUAGCACCUCACAUUUUGUAGAUGAUCUUUAAGAUCAGACGCUUUUAAAUUCACUGUGACAAGAUAUGUUAACGAACUUUGCUUGUUAAUUCUUCACAAAGUCAGACUAAGUUAUAAUUCAGGGUUGUCUUUUAAACAGGAAUUCAGAAACACAACUGUAGAACUACUUGUAUAUGGUGUUUGGUGAUCGUGCUUUUGCCAACUCAUUAGAAGGAUUAGAGGGACUGUAUCAUUAGCUCAGAUUUGUAAACUGUCUGAUCAUAAGGCUUAAGAAUUAAAAAACGAAGUCACAGAUCAUGAUUUUUCUAACUUGAUUUAAUGGCAUACCAAAAUGGUUGAAAAAUACAGUAGCCCAAACAGGCAGCAUUAUUACUAGUCAUAGUAGUAGAUUGUGUUUACUUGGUCUUCUAGGACAGCCUGGCCUAGAACAACACCUCAGUCAUCCACUCAGUUUCUCUGGCUAGAAUGAGCACUGCAUUUGUGCCAGUUGUAGAAAGAAGACUUUCUGGUCAUAGUGUUAUGGUAUGUACAGUGUAUGGUUAUAGUUUAUGUGCUAAAUUAUUAAUACAGUUUGUGCCAUACAUGGUUAGUGUAGUCCCUAGAAAUUUUGUGGAAUGGUGAACUUGAACUAAGCCAUAAAGAAUACUGAGAGAAAUUCUCAGUGGGGGAGUAAGUCUGUACCAGUGGUGAGAGCCAUUUCUGUAUGACAGUAAGGGAACUGGGAGAAGGCCUUGUCAAAAGUGAUGGGGAUGUUUAUUAUGUCUGUAAGGCCUGAUAGAGCACUGUGUAACUUGUGAAUCUUAUUUUCAGUCAUUGGAGAAAUGUGAAAAAGCAAAAAAGUUAGUCUGAAAACAUGGGCAGAAACAAUUUGGGGAAGCAGAUGCCUGUCAUAAAUCAGGUGGUAUCCAGGUCAGUGAAGCAGUUAGCUUCUAAGAGAGUUCUGCACCAGUGUGGGAACACAUGGAGACCAGGAAAUUGACUGAUUUCUGCGCUUCCUAAGUCAGCUAAGGCCUGUGUUGGCAGAGAAUUGUUGAGUUCUAGGCCAGUUAUACUCAAUAUGUGCCUCUAGUAAUUAUAAGUUCCUACAGUUAAUUCAGGGCUUCCCUGGUGGCUCAGAUGGUAAAGCAUCUGCCUGCAACACAGGAGACCCGGAUUCAAUCCCUGGGUGGGAAGAUCCCCUGGAGAAGGAAUUGCCUUCUCCAGGUAGUGCAUUGCCGUAUUUUGCCUGAAGAAUUCCAUGAACCGAGGAGCCUGACAGUCCAUGGGGUCUCAAAGAGUCAGACCCGACUGAGCAACUAACACUUUGCAGUGCAGAAGUACACACUGAUCUGCUUCUUUGGCCCCAGACCAUUGUCACGGUGUUCACAUACUCUGAAGCAUAAUACAAAAAAUCAGAUUUCCACUUGUUUAAUACCACUUGGAUUCCAGGUUAUCUUAUUUGGAGAUUGAGUUAUUUGGAAACUCUGGUCAUAACCCCAGGCUUUCUUAUGUCCAGGUUUUUAGGAACUUAACUAGUAGUCUUGUUAUGUAGCAUAUCUUUCCACACAUACAUAAUGAUAAGGCCACUGUGUGGUAAGUGAUACAUCAUUGACAGUUUUUAAAAAUAGCAAGAGAUUGACUUCUCAUGCUUUGGUUAAGUUGGCUAUUUUAGUCAUAUUAGAGGUCUCAGUAUUGGAACUGGAAGAGAUCUCAGAGAUUCUUUGAUUCCAACUGAACAGAUGAGAGGUGAGAUUAACCUUAACUAGGCUCAGGGAACUAUGGAAACUACUCACUUGGUUGAGCUGGGCCCCUAGCAGGACCUAGUAGUCCAACCUUGCAAAUCACUGAGAGGAAGGUAACAGGCAUAUGGCAGAUACCUGUGUUUGGAGAGGGGUAGGCUUGGCCCAGUUCUUUAACACCCCUACACCGAGCUGUGAAGGUUUUUAAGGUGUGCUGUGGGCAGGGGCAAGUAUCUGGACUGGGACCCAGCCCAUGCCAUUUCCAGAUUGUUGCUUUCUUUCCACAUACUGAAAUCAUCCUGCCUGGGAGCUUUGAGGGUUGCUGGGCCCAGAGUAGCCAAAAUCACAUGCUCUUGCUCCACUGACCUGAUUACAGUCCUAAUUAUGGGAGGGGAGAAUACCCUGCCUCCUUUUCCAGCCCCUCUGGGUUUGUUACCAUUUUUCUGUUACUCAACAUCUGCCAGUAAAUAUUGUCUACACUGGGGAAAAAAAACUACAUGAGUGACAGCUGAAACCAUAACCAAGCUACUCUGACCAUAGUUUGGUCUUAGUCUAACUCCAUUUUACCAGAAAUAUUAAUAAGCUGCUUCCAGUUUGCUUUUUCUUUAUUCAUUAGAAUUGUGCCUGUGUUCCACAUUGAUGCCAUUAAAUAUGUGUGUAUAGCUUGAACAGCAUCCUCUGCAGAACAACCAUUGGACUAAUUAAUUUUAUUUGUGUUGUAAUGAAGAAUGCUGGGUUUUGGGAAUGGAAAAAUUGUGUUCGAAGUGGGGGUUAGUAAGCAGUCCCGAAGCUUUUUGUAAAUAAAACUAUUGGCACAUGGCCACUAUA